AUGUCCAAAUCCUGCUGUUCCUCUUGCUGCCAGCCUUCCUGCUGCAGGACCACCUGCUGUAAACCAACUUGUACAACCUGCUGUAAGCCAACCUGUGUAACCAGUUGUUGCUGCACACCCACCUGCUGCAAGACAACCUGCUGUGAGCCAACCCGUGUAACCAGUUGUUGCUGCACACCCACCUGCUGCAAAACCACCUGUUGCAAGACCAUCUGCUGUAAGCCAGCAUGUGUGACCAGCUGCUGCCAGCCCUGCUGCCAGCCCAGCUGCUGUAAAACCACCUGCUGCAAGACCACCUGCUGUAAGCCAACCUGUGGUACAUUCUGUUGCAAGCCAAGCUGUUGUAAAACAACAUGCUGCAAGACCACCUGUUGUAAGCCAACCUGUGUGAUCAGCUGCUGCUGUCCACCCUGCUGCCAGCCCAGAUGCUGUGAAACCACCUGCUGCAAGACCAUCUGCUGUAAACCAACCUGUGUGAACACCUGUUGCUGCACACCCUGCUGCCAACCCAGCUGUUGUGAAAUCUGCUGCUGUCAGCCCUGCUGCUGUGAAAUCACCUGCUGCUAG